UGGUGUACCGGGUCCAGAUGCAGAACCUGGAACACAAGGAGCCAUGGGACAGCCCGGUCAAAAGGGAGAGAAGGGUGACAGAGGCUGGAGGGGCCUGUAUGGAGACAUAGGAACUCCCGGGAUCAUACAGGGCACUAAGGGACGUAAAGGAUCCAGGGGUGAUAAAGGUGUGAGAGGAAACAGAGGAACCGGAGGAGAGAAGGGUGAACGCGGCAUCACUGCAGCGCCAGGAGAGAAGGGCGACCCAGGCCAGUGGGGAGAUGCAGGGCAGAUAGGUGAGCAAGGACCCAGAGGAGAGCCUGGAAACAGAGGAGGCCUGGCGUUGAAGGGAUCUCGUGGAACUCCAGGAAAGCCCGGUCAUCCUGGUCCUCCAGGACUGUCUGGUUGGACUGGAGAGCCUGGUCUACCUGGACAAGGUGCGUGAUAGCAGGUUACAGAUUAACUAGUUUAUA